AUUUACAUAAUAGUGUUGUUUAUCUUCAAUCUUAUUCUCGGACUCUCCCGAUAGAUGGCUCAAUAUCCGUUUUCUUUAACACCUGAUUUUUUUUCCUUUUUUUCCUUUUUUUUGUCUACUGUCGUGCAUCGAAUCUGCAUCAACAGUAGUUUCGGAUAUCUCAUGCGAAUUUCGUGUCAAGUGAUAAAGGAAAAAUUAUUAUAGCAAAGAGAAUGAAGAAGCAAAGAUAAAAAAAAAGAAAAAAAAUAAAUCAAUAGCCUUGUUUGAAUAACAAACACACGACAUUAAUUAAGGUUUACCUGCCUAAAAUAAAAAAGCAUAUCUAUACGCAUUAACGACCGUCCUUAAUCACCAAUUAAUCAAGAUUUCACCGACCUGCGAAUGAAGAAAAAAGUAAAAAUAUUUUACGCCAGGGAGAAGAAGCCAUGAAAUAAUAAUAACAAUAAAAAAAAAUGAAGCGGAAUAUGCGUGUUCUCUGCCUUGCUCUGACGGCCUUCCUCUUGCCUGCCGUGGACUCUUCCCUGUUCAAGAAUAUGUCGUCUGCCGAUGUACACAACGUUGGCAGGUUUAUCUCCGACUUAGCACAGGGACUCCGUGUUAACGUGGUGGCUCUGUGCACGGACGAGGGAGAAGUGUAUUACCGCCUCAUGUCCGCCUUCAUCCGCAACCUGGUGUUCUUCGUUUCGUGCGACGCCGCGACGCCGCCCACCGCCCACGAGUUCCCGAGGAGGCCGCCCACCGCCCACGAGGCCUCGAGGAGGCCGCCCACCGCACCUCGCACGGGGCCGGGCGUGGAGCGCAGCUUCGCCCACACCCACGCCGAGGUUCACCUGACGUCAAGGGCGCUCCUCGGCUCCACGGUGAAGCGGGCGAGGGAGAGGUACAUGGCGUCGAGGGGACAGGCGUGGCAGGUGAUCCUAGGGGAGGACCUGGGCCCCGAGACCAGCGCAGGGGAGGGAAUCGCCACCUGGAUGGUUGCCAAUUACGACAAGACCACGCAGGAGGUGGCGCUGACGGAGGUGUUUAGCUUCAGGGACUCGAGGGAAGUGGUGGAGCAGGACCUAGGGCGCUGGACUUCCCGCGGACGCCUCCACCUCGUGCGUCCCCCUGGGGCAGGCCCCAGGGACUUCCACGGCCACGUCAUCACUCUAGCGUCCUUCCCGUAUCCACCUUACGUCAUGAUCGGAAAGCAAUGCCUCGCCAAAGUGCCUGAGACCUUUAGCUACGACCCGACUUGCUUCUCUAAGCCUCCAGCGUGAGAUUGGA